AUGAAUUAGAAAACUUCUUUAAAAAAUACGGUAAUAGAGAAUAAGAAACCCAAUUAUAACUCAUAUUAACGUCUUUCAGUUUCUCAGUCAAACUUUAUUAAUGAAUUUUUCAACAGACAAAAAUUGUAUGAUGAUCGAUAUAAUGCAAACUAAUUCGAAAAGGAUAGCUUAAAAUUUAUCUCUUCUUAAAACAAAACAAAACUCAGUAAGUAUAAAGACAUAAUCGAAUCAGCAAAAUAAAGAUUUGCUUCAUCUCCAAAUAAUAUCAAAAAUAAUAUGAUAUAAUUAUAGUAGAACUCUAUUACAGAUAUAGUUGAAUAAUUGAGAAAUUAGAAAAGAGCUAAUAACGUUAUACUUAAAAAAAAUAUUAACAGCUCUAAGAAAUUUAAGUAAUUGAACUUAAAUUUUAUUUUACUACUAGCUAUUCCAUUAAUAUGCUUUUUAGUUGUACUUUUUGAAAUGAAAUGA